AUGAACGAGACUGAGGCGAGCGGUCCGACGGAUGCAGCGUCUCCUUCGCCACCGAGAGAUCUGGAAACUUUAAACACCAGCAACUCCACGUAUGAGCAACUUUUGGCAAUUUUGCAUGGGCUGCGCAACUCUAUCGGACCAAAGGUUGUGAAUAAUGCCAUUUCUAAGGUGAUGCGUCUUCCGAAACGUGAGUUUAACAUGAGCAACUACACGAUGCGAGCAGUGGCGGUCAAGUUCCUGUACCUCGGCGAAAAAUACGCCGGUUUUGCACGCCAAGACCACAUGCCCGAGACGGUCGAACGCUAUCUACUGGAAGCGCUGGUGCGUUCCAAGCUCAUUGAAAACAUUGACGACGCUGGCUACUCGCGCUGUGGACGCACAGAUCGCGGUGUCAGCGCCUUUGGCCAAGUUGUGGCGCUUCGUGUGCGCUCCAACUUGCCAGCAACUGCUGAGCUUCUCAGUGCCGCGUCCAUUGACGACGUGAGGCCUGGGGAGAAGUUCCAAGUCCGAUUGGCCACGGGCGAGGAGAAGACGCUGACUGAAGUGGACUACGCUUCGCACAUUAAUCGCGCGCUCCCAGCUGACAUCCGCGUGUACGCGGUUGCGUCCUGCCGUCCGGAGUUCAGUGCUCGCUUCGACUGCAAGGCACGGAUGUACCGUUAUUUCUUCGUACGACGCGAUCUGGACAUCGAGAAGAUGCGAACUGCUGCUCAGUACCUCGUUGGGAAGCACGACUUCCGCAAUUUUUGCCGUAUCGACCCCAAUUGUCACGUGUUUGAGCGGAAUGUGCGCUCGUUCGAGAUCGUGGAGUGUCCAGGCCAACGAGCCGAUGAUCCAAGCCAACAAAUGUACCGGUGCGAGGUGUUUGGCCGCGCGUUCUUGUGGCAUCAGGUGCGCUGUAUGGUGGAAGUGUUGUUCUUGAUCGGCUCUGGACGAGAGGAGCCUAGUAUUAUUCCUAAGCUGCUGGAUAUUGCCCAAACGCCACGAAAGCCACAAUACGAUAUGGCAUCAGAUUUGCCACUUGUGCUACACGACUGCUACUUUGCAGACCCAGACGACGCGGAAGGAUCUGGCCCACGCUUCGCAUACACGCCUCUUGCGUUGCUGCAGGUGCACGCUCAGCUUACAGAGAUGUGGGAGCAACGUAGUGUACAAGCUGCGAUGUUGCGUAGCCAUCUCGAUGCACUUGAGGCAUUCCAAGUGGAGGCAAACCUCGUGGUAAAGGAUUUAGAUCACUAUGCACCCAAACUGGAGCAACUGAUGCGGGAGCGCAAGUUAUUAACGGAUGAAGGAGGCGUGGUUAAGUGGAAGGACGUGAGUCCGUUGCUUCCAUUAUCCAAGAAGAGAAAGACCUUGCCGCUGGCGAAACGCGACACAGGCCACUCUGUCGAUGAGCGUAAACGUAAAGCUCAGGAACGCAAGCGUCGACGUGAGGAAGAAGAGGAGACCGCGGUGCAGGUGGCCAAGGAGGUCAAGACGGAGAGCAAGGACCACGCAGGCGCACACGAGCUGGUUACCGCGGCGUCGUCUUGA